UGGCCGACAAGGCGAUGUGAUACAUAAUAUGUAUUAUGUAUUAGAUAGAUGUACAUAAAAACAAUGUCGAGACACUUCCUGCGCUAGUGGGCUUUGUCAGUCGGAGGGGUUGUGACGAAUUUAAGAAAACUUAUCAAAGCGAAAUAUGUGGCCUUUUGCGAUUCUAUUAAUUGCUGCCGGUACAAUCCAUGGAGCGGAGUGGUCAUAUGAUUACGAAACACAAUGGCCUGGGCAAUGCAACGAAGGUACAAUGCAAUCACCCAUCAACAUAAUGAGCCGCAGUGCACUGGUGGACCGGCAUGGACUUCACAUAAGGGGACCUUUAGUGUUCCGAGGAUAUAACAAGGUCAACGUUACAGCUUAUAAUGAUGGUCAUACAUUGAAAUGGUCGUUGGUUGAUGAUGCACCAGUUCCGAUGGUGUACGGCGGCCCACUGAGAGGAAACUAUAGCUUCAUGCAGUUCCACCUACACUGGCUCUCUGAACAUGCCAUCGACGGAAUGAAAUAUCCGAUGGAGAUUCACAUGGUUCACAUAAAGACUGGCCUCACGUUGGACGAGGCCCUUCAGCGACCGGACGGCCUCAGCGUUAUUGCUAUCCUUUGUCAGGUAAACAGUGGUGGUGCAAGUGACUAUGCCCUCGGAGAAAUCGAAAGAUACUUUCCAAAACUGGCGGAGAGGAACUCGGUGUAUCCAGAGCCAGCUGUUUUAGAUUUUACACGUCUCUUUAGCCCCGAGCCACAGUCCUUCUACACAUAUCAUGGAUCCCUUACGACUCCCAACUGCCAGGAAGUCGUCACAUGGGUUGUAAUGGACAGACCCCUCAUCAUAUCCGAUACACAGUACAAACAAAUAAGUCGAGUCGACGUCGGUAGAAUAGACAACUACAGAAGUCUCCAAGCUGUAGACCGCGAAAUAUACCGCAGCCUUGCGUCCUGUGCCUCCACAGCUUUGCCUGGUCUUCUGGGACUUCUAAUUACUUUCCUGAAUCUCUCUUCAUCGCUUUCCACCGUUUUGAGUAAGGGUAUCUGUACAUUAGUCAAUAUAAAGAGAAAGUUUUUAGGCAGUAAGCUUCAAAAUUGCACCGUCAAAACGAACUAAUCAAUCCAUAAUCUGCUUUAGGAAAGUUAUUUGUUUUUAUGACAAAAAAAAGUCUCCAAAACAAACAUUCAGAAUAUUUAAAAUGUAUCUGAAUGGUUAGAAAACUUGAAGUUCAUAGUCCACGAUGCCGAAUAACGUUCUACUUACGGCAGCUAAAAUCGUCAAAAAAAUGAAGAUGACGGUUUUAGAGAGGGUACAAGACUUGUCACAUAAGUAAGUCUGCGCUUAGUAUAGCAAUAUAACGAAAAUCCUGCUUGAUUACAUUAUCUUCUAUAUAUUUUUACAGCCAAAACUAUCGUUUUAUGGCGUUAUAUAUUUUAGAAAUAUAAUUGCAGAUUACUCGUCAUUCUCAAGUAGGUAUCGAUAAGAUUUAUUAGUACUUUAUUUUAAUUUAUUGCAUAUUAAUAAACAUAGUCAAUAAAGUGGCAUGUUAUAAAAAUAUAAACUAUGACGUAGUUUUAUGAUAGCAGUAAGAAGUAACGUGCAAAAGUGAUUGGUUUUGGGUCGUCAAGGGUAUGCCUAAGACGGGGAGUUUCCAUGCAGGGCUAGAUCCCGAGCUGAGCGUAUUCAAACAUUCUGUAAAGUGUAAUGUAUAAUUGUCAUCUUACAUUCUUACAUUUAGACAAUUACAAUCGAUUAUAGCAUAGUUCUGCAAAUACAUCAUAUGGUUAACUUUGAUCAUUUAUCAAAUAUAUUAAUUAGGAAGGUCUUUAAAUAGAACCCCGAUAAGCUUCGUCAAAUUAUCACAAAAGAUUAUUGUGAAUUGACACUUUAUUAAACUAUAUAUAGCGAUGACGUCUGGUAAUUAUUUUACGGAUUAUUAUUUAUUACUAGGUAUAUAAAGUGAGUUCGUUUGUCUUUGAGGAAAAGUCAGUGAACUAAGCCGGUGGUGAAAUAAGCGAAAAUUUAAGAGAUAAGACAUGAUUUUGUGCUCGCGUUGUUUCUCUAUACAUUGUUUUGUUUUUAUGCUCAAUUCUAACGUUACGCUUAUAUUUAAAUAGUUAUUCUAUUAUUAAAAUUUUUUAAUGAAAAUUAAAUGAGGAUGUUUAAAAUGUAACUUAAUUUAAGUUUUUGUUAUGUCAUUGUAGUUUUCAUGCCUCUAAAUAAAUAAGUACGUAAAAAAACACGAGUCAUAUAAAUUAAUAUAUGCCGUUAUGACAUUAGUUUUAAAUUUAUUAAUGGAGGCCUACUAGAAUUUAAUAAAACUAUUAAUUAGUUUACGUUAUGUUAAGAGUGGUAUAAGAUAAAGUUAUUCAUUAUCCUAGAUUGAUAGCACGUUAUUAUCUUUAGAUAAUCGCCAAAUCGCAAUCGCAAAUUCUUGCCAAGCUCUUCUGUGCGUUCUAGCUAUACGUUCGGAAUUUCUAGCUAUCUUUCUAUAUACAUUAAUUUGCUGCUCAAUCAGUAGUAGUUAGACUCUAUGUAAUUUAUUAAAAGGUAUCAUAAUAUAUGGCUUUGUCUAUCUUAAUUGUUUGUAAACGGAGUUGUAGGCAUAAAAUAGAUUUAAGAUUGUUUUUAAAUUUCAAAUUAGAUUAUGUAAAGAUAUAAAUAUGGCUGUGUUUCUGCAUAUAGUCGAUUUUUAUAAUUGUUUUAUUUGUAUUGUUAUACCGGUUGUGUUAAUGUG